UCAAGUCAGUUGUUAUUUUUAAUUUCCAACGGAGAGAGGUCACUGUGUGAAAUCAUGAAACCUAAAAAUUUCCUUUGGCUUAUGAUUGUUUUGUGCCAUUUGUUCACAGCAUGCUAUGGAGGUCGAAUUCUGGUCUUGCUCCCACUGGGCUCGAAAAGUCACAAGCUAGCGGUCAUGCCCGUCCUGGAAGCGCUGGCCCAAAGAGGUCACAACUUAACAAUCGUAUCUGGCUUCGAAUCCCCCGAGAAGAUGACUAACAUUCACGAAAUUCAAAUCACAAGUAUCGACGUGAUUCUCGAAAAGGUAGUCAAUUGGUAUGAUACCGAAAAAGGUGACGACGAGACCCAGUUGAAAACCAUGAUUACCGCACUACCCUACACCAAUAAUUUUAUUUACGAUGAAAUGAUGAGAAAUCCCGAAUUUCAAUCGAUUAUGCUGGAACGUAGCGUGGAUUUGGUGAUAGUUGACGGAAUCGUGAGCGAGCUCACUUUCCCAAUCAUUGAACAUUUAAGAGUGCCGUUCGUCUUUCAUUGCUCUUCUUUCGGCCCAUGGACAACAGCUGCAAUUGAAGCCAUGGGAACUGAUUCGGAUUACGCUUCGAUCCCGUUUCCGCAGACGGGAUUAGACGACAAAAUGACUUUCGCCCAGCGUCUGACUAACAUCCGCAAGGCUCAGUCGUUCCACUCGUUGCGACAAGCCCACAUUUUCGAUACGAUUGACGCCUAUGUCAAAAAAGAUUUUCCAAACGCUCGGCCGUCAGGUGAAUUUAUGAAGGAGGCCAGCCUAGUCCUAAUCAACAGCGACAUCACCACUGAUUGGCCUCGUUCGUUACCACCUACUGUGAUACCCAUCGGAGCUAUUCACGCACGACCAGCUCGAGAGCUACCGCUGCCACUGAAAACGUUCGCUGACGAAGCCGAGGCCGGUUUUAUCGUGUUCACGUUCGGAUCCAUCGUAAAAAUGACUGCAAUGCCAAAUGAUUCCCUACAGACAUUUCUAAAAGUGUUUUCACGAAUUCCACAAAGAGUGGUUUUGAAAUGGGAGGGUGAAAUUCCGGAAGAUGUUCCAUCUAACGUCAUGAUGGUCAACUGGCUACCACAACAAGAUCUCCUAGGACAUCCAAACGCCAAGAUUUUCAUAACUCACGGAGGGAUGCUGGGCACUCAAGAAGCGAUUUAUCACGCAGUACCUUUAAUCGGUUUGCCUUUUGGUAACGACCAGCAUACAAACUUGGCAAUGGCCACGAAACAGGGAUUCGGAUUGAAAUUAGAUUGGGAGCACUUGAGCGAAAAAUUGCUGUACGACUCGAUUGUGAAAAUGAUUAACGAACCCAGUUUUAAAGCCAACGCCUUGAGGUUAUCUGGAUUGAUGCGUGAUCGACUGGUGCCGGGAACGGAGUUGGCCGUCUACUGGAUCGAACAUGUUCUACGUCACGGUAAUACCAAACACUUGCAGGUGUCAUCAAAGUAUGUCCCAUUAUACCAGAAGUAUCUCGUCGACGUUGUCCUUUUUCUUGCUGUGAUUUUAGCCGUGAUGCUAACGUCAAGUUACUACACGGUCCGCUUUCUCAUCUCCAAAUGUCUCCAACGUAAUAACCCUGUCAAGUCGAAAACAAAAAAUAAGUAAUGUGUAUUUUCUUGUGUUCAAUACACUAAAUGUUUAUUCGCUUAA